UUUUAAUGAUAGUUCAAUUCUCAAUUGACUGUCAUGAAUGCUGCACUGAGGGAGUGAGGGACGACUGACGACUAUCUUGCUAAGGCUUUCUACUGGUGAACUCUCCUUUGGGGUUUAGAAAGAAGGAUGGAAAACAAUGUCUCAUCAGUGAAAGAAGCCCCUAUAUCCAUGGAAAGUAAAGAGGAAUCACAGGAAUACAAUCCUUUUUCUAAGAAAAUUCUCGAGGUAUAUAAAGGCAUUCCUAUUCUAGAAAAAAAUAAUUAUGAAGCUUGGAAAGAGAAGAUAGAAAAUUUCUUGAAGAACGAAGGACUGGGGGAUUUUGUUCCUCCUGGACAUAUACGACGACGUGAAGAUUUGCAGAAGAGGCAAAAAAUUAAGUUCUUAUUCAGAAAAAAGUGUGGAGCUUGUGUACUACCAUAUAUUGAAGGAAUAAUGGAUAUCACACUUAUUUGGAAACAGUUGGCUACAAUGUAUGAGUUUCCUCAUCCAACAAAACCAGGGAUGAAGAUGAUGAUGGAUGGAACAAAUUACAGUUGGUGUCCACCUCUUCACAAAGCUAUUGUUGAUGGUGAUUGGAAGACUUUCUCUGAGUUCAAAUCAAGACACGAUGGACAAGCUCUUACAGCCAUGCUCACAUCAGAAGGCGAACUCCCUCUUCAUGUGGCAGUUCAAUGUGAAAAGGUUAAAAUUGUCAAGGAAUUGAUAGAAAUUAUGGAUGAUAAAGACCUAUCACGACCUGAUAAAGACGGCAGAUCAGCUCUCCAUAUUGCUGCUUCAGCUGGGAACCUAGAGAUUGUGAAGGCCUUGGUACGAAAGAAAGAGGAUCUAGUGAAAAUCAGAAGCGAAUACUAUGACGAUUGCAUUCCGGUCAUUGUAGCUGCAAGGGCUGGCAACAAGGAUGUGGUGAAUCAUCUUUAUAAGAUCACCGUAAGGCGAGAAGGUUUUCUGACGGACGACGACUCCACCAGUGAGCCAACAAGGUUUUCUGAAAUCUUUGAUGAUUUCAACGACGACUCCACCAGUACAGCUACAUUCCUUACAUCUCUAAUUUUUGGUGAUUUCUAUGGGAAAGCUCUUGAUCUUCUACAGAGAUAUCCAAAAUUAGUCUUGAUCAAGGAUGCUAACAACUUUACCGCCAUUGAUGCACUCUCAAGGAAGCCUUUUGCAUUUAAAAGUUCAUUCCCAACCAAAAAAAGUGGAUUUGGGACCUUGGGUUAUUAUUUUCAGAAAUUUAUGUACUCAUUGCUAGAUGUUCACGUCAAUUCCAAAAAUGCAUGUUGCCACACAAGAGGAGAUGUGGAAAAUUCCUUGGAUGCCAAUGGAGAAAGAAGUCAAGGAAGAAAUAUGAUAUGUGGAAAGGGCCUAAGCUUAUGCUUCCAUUGGCUGUUUCAGAAUGCACUUAAACUAGUGCCUGGUCACAAACACAUCUAUGAGGAGAAGUUGAAGCAUCAUACUGCUUCUAAGCUACUUAAAGUAGCACUGAGGCUAGUAUCAGAAGUUAGCGACCUUGGAAGUGUUGAGGAUGUAGUGGUUGCAGCAAUGUACCAAGCAACCCAGAAUGGGAUUGUUGAAUUUAUCCAAGAGAUUAUCAAUAACUGUCCUCAGCUCCUAUUACAGUGGUAUCCCCAGUCUGAUGGUUCAGUUGAUGGUGGCCAAAUGAAACAGUCUGAUGGUUCAGAUCAUGGACACCAAACAAUAUUUCAUUACGCAAUCAGCAACCGCCAGGAAAAGAUUUUUAAUCUUAUCCAUGAUCUAGGCCCAAUCAAGAAUGAUAUUGCAGGUAUGGCAGAUAAAUCUAAGAACCUCAUGUCACAUCUAGCUGCAAGAGAAGCACCCAUUCAGAGGCUCAAUCAAGUUCCUGGUGCAGCACUCCAAUUGCAACGUGAGCUACUCUGGUAUAAGGAAGUGGAAAGAAUUAUGCCCCCUACCUACGAAGAUUUUCAAAACAAUGAGAAUAAGACACCAAGAAUGUUAUUUAUAGAGGCACAUAAAAAGUUAGUACAAGAAGGAGCGACAUGGAUGAAGGAUACAGCAACACAAUGCAUGGUGGUUGCAACAUUAAUCACUACGAUUAUGUUUGCAGCAGUGUUUACCAUACCAGGCUCCAAGGAGAGUGAUCAUACCGGAGAACCCAAUUACAUACGUGGCAAGUUUCCGAUAGUUUAUGUCAUAUCAAAUAUAUUAGCACUUUGCUCUUCAGUCGCUUCAAUGUUGAUGUUUCUAGCCAUUAUUACUUCAAGAUAUUCGGAAGAAGACUUCUUGAAGACUUUGCCGCGAAUGCUGAUGAUGGGCCUUUUCUUUCUCUUCAUCUCCAUAGUGGGGAUGAUGAUAGAAUUUGUGUCCGCUAUCUUAGUUAUGCUUCGCUAUGAAGUCUUUUGGGUCUCAUUUCCAAUUGUCUUUAUAGCAAGUAUCCCAAUCACUAUAUAUGCUUUAGUGGAACUUCCUCUUUUCAUACAAUUGAUGUUCUCUACAACCUUCACAGAUGCUGUUAGGAAGAGAUCAAAACAAGCAUCAGCAGGUAUACAAGAUUACCACUGAAGUGUUGUUGUGGAAACACUGAGAAUUUGCAAUGUAAAACCAUAUAUGAAGUGUCUAGUUAGUCGUGAACCUUUGGGUUGAUUUAUAUAGAUAAUUAGUGGUAUUUUAAAAUGUCAAGUCUAUGGCGUCUGUGUAGACUCCUAUAGUCCCUCUAUGUGAUAUUUUUUUCUUUUGUUGGUGGGAAAAGGUAAAUGAAGAUAUGAUAAUUUGAGUAA